AUGGCCUCGGGGGCCGGGCUGACUGCGUCCUUGUGUUUUGCAGUGAUCAGGGCCAAGGUGGUGAGUGAGAAGGAGGUGGGCUCCGGGAACGACAUCUACGGCAACCCUAUCAAGAGGAUCGAGUACGAGAUCAAGCAGAUAAAGAUGUUCAAAGGCCCCGACAAGGACAUCGAGUUCAUCUACACCGCCCCCUCCUCCGCCAUCUGCGGGGUCUCGCUGGACGUCGGAGGCAAGAAGGAGUAUCUCAUCGCAGGAAAGGCUGAGGGCAACGGCAAGAUGCACAUCACCCUCUGUGACUUCAUUGUGCCCUGGGACACCCUGAGCACCACCCAGAAGAAAAGCCUGAACCACAGGUACCAGAUGGGCUGUGAGUGUAAGAUCACACGCUGUCCCAUGAUCCCCUGCUACAUCUCCUCCGUGGACGAGUGCCUGUGGAUGGACUGGGUCACGGAGAAGAGCAUCAACGGGCACCAGGCCAAGUUCUUCGCCUGUAUCAAGAGAAAUGAUGGCUCCUGCGCAUGGUACCGCGGAGCGGCGCCCCCCAAGCAGGAGUUUCUCGACAUUGAGGACCCGUAAGCAGGCCAGUGGCACCCCUUGGCCAACAGAAAAGCCUGCGAGAGUGUAGACUGGUCCAGCUCUGACAUCCCUUCUUGGAAAUAGCAUGAAUAAAACAGUCAUCCAAGUGGGUCUAAA